AUGGUCAGGGAGGACCCUGGCUCGAGAUCCACCGUGGUUACCAUCAACAGCGACAAUGUCCCAGUGGAUUAUGUUACCUGGUCCACAUUUAACACAGUGUUCCUGAACAGCUGCUGCCUGGGGUUCAUUGCCUACAUCUUCUCUGUGAAGUCCAGGGACAGGAAGAUGGUGGGCGAUAUGACUGGGGCCCAGGCCUAUGCUACAACUGCCAAACGACUGAACAUCAGUGCUGUGGUCGUCUCCAUCAUCACACUGAUCAUAAUUAUCAUCGUAAGCAGCCAAAAAAGUUAG